CUCGUGUCGUAUUAAACCACACGUGAAUCAUGGCUAAGAAGGCUGCUUCCAAGAAGAACGCCAAGAAGGCGCCCCCCCAGAAGGGCGGCGGCUCCACCAAGAAGAAGGGCCCGAAGAAGGCUGCGAAGAAGACGCCCGCUAAGGCGCCCGCGCCGGUGACCCCCCGCGCCUCCACGAGGAGCACGCCGGCGAAAGCCGCGCCCGCCGCGGCGAAGUCCCCCGCGAAGAAGGCCACGCCCGCGAAGAAGGCCCCGAAGAAGGCUGCGAAGAAGGCCAAGUCUCCCGCGAAGAAGGCUACGCCCGCGAAGUCCCCCGGCGCGUCCACCACCGCGACGCGCGCGACGACUCCGCGUGCGAAGGCGCUCGCCGCGAAGGGGGGCGUGGCCAAGAAGAAAGCCGCGCCCGUCGUGAAGUCGCCGCCCAAGCCCGCGGCCGUUAAGAGCCCGCCCAAGGAGAAGGCGCAGGGUGGCGGUGGCUGCUCUAUCAUGUAAGCGAUCGCGAUCGCGUGGUAGGGGUGGUUGUUAUGGGUGGAAGAUGUCGUGUGGAUUUGUUUGGCGGGAUGAUGCGGACAGAGAAUCUCAACUCUUCGCCGCGGAGGUCCUUUUGGUUAAAAUAAAAGCAAAAAAGAGGCGACCGAGCGAGAGGGAAACCUGAGAGGGAACCAAUCAGCAUGCUUAGGAGGAACAUUCCGGGGCGGUGCGCACGAAGUGCGAUCGUCCCCGCUGCGUUGUACAGGGUAGAAGGUAUUUACUUAUUUGUGGAUAUGGACUUCACGCAAUGAGAC